GUCAGCAUAAAAUCAAAUUCAUCCCAGAAAUGGUGGGACCCAUCCUAGAAAUGACUCUUAUCCCCGAGACAGAGCUCCGGAAAGCCACGAUCCCUAUCUUCUUCGAUAUGAUGCAGUGUGAAUUUCACUCCACCAGAAGCUUCCAGAUGUUCGAAAAUGAGAUCAUCACUAAACUGGAUCAUGAAGUGGAAGGAGGCCGAGGAGAUGAACAGUACAAAGUGCUAUUUGACAAAAUUCUCUUGGAGCACUGCAGGAAACACAAGUACCUUGCUAAGAGUGGAGAAACUUUUGUCAAGCUGGUUGUUCGCCUCAUGGAGAGGUUAUUGGACUACAGGACCAUCAUGCACGAUGAGAACAAGGAGAACCGCAUGAGCUGCACCGUCAACGUGCUGAAUUUCUACAAGGAGAUUGAGAGGGAAGAAAUGUACAUAAGGUAUUUGUACAAGCUGUGUGACUUGCACAAGGAGUGUGAUAACUACACUGAAGCUGCCUACACCUUACUCCUGCAUGCAAAGCUGCUGAAGUGGUCAGAAGAAGCAUGUGCAGCACAUCUUACCCAGCGGGAUGGCUACCAAGCUGCUACUCAAGGACAGCUGAAAGAUCAACUCUAUCAGGAAAUUAUCCAUUACUUCGACAAGGGCAAGAUGUGGGAAGAGGCCAUUGCCUUGGGUAAAGAACUUGCAGAGCAGUAUGAAAAUGAAAUGUUUGAUUAUGAACAACUCAGUGAACUGCUGAGAAAGCAGGCCCAGUUCUAUGAAAACAUUGUCAAAGUGAUCAGACCCAAACCAGACUACUUUGCUGUUGGAUACUAUGGCCAAGGAUUCCCAACGUUCAUAAGGAACAAAGUCUUCAUUUACCGGGGGAAGGAGUACGAGCGACGCGAGGACUUCGAGGCAAGGCUGCUCACACAGUUCCCCAACGCGGAGAAAAUGAAGACAACGUCUCCACCAGGGGAAGACAUCAAAAACUCCUCUGGCCAGUAUAUUCAGUGCUUUACUGUGAAGCCCAAACUGGAUUUACCCUCCAAGUUUCACAGGCCAGUGUCAGAGCAAAUUGUGAGUUUUUAUAGGGUGAAUGAAGUCCAACGGUUUGAGUACUCACGUCCCGUCCGGAAGGGAGAGAAAAACCCUGACAACGAGUUUGCAAACAUGUGGAUUGAGAGAACCAUCUAUGUGACAGCCUAUAAACUACCAGGAAUUCUGAGGUGGUUUGAAGUCAAAUCAGUUUUCAUG